GGGUGGUGGCGGCAGCGCAACUUGGUUGGCGCCGUCCGCUUGUGUGUACCUUUUACCCUCCAGGGAUCACACUGGAAGCAACCGUCCGGCCGGGAGGAUUGUGGACGGCGAUGUACCUUGUCCGGUAUAAAUUGGAGCUUCCAUGCCAAUGCUUCUCCACAUGCACCAGCUAGCUUAGCGCGUCGAUCUAGUAGUACAGAGGGAGUGAUCAGUACGUAGGAGAUGGACAUGGAGAUCCCGGUGAUCGACCUCCAGGGGCUCACCGGCGACGCCUCCCAGCGGUCGCAAACCAUGGCGCGGCUCCACGAAGCCUGCAAGGACUGGGGCUUCUUCUGGGUGGACAGCCACGGCGUCGACGCCGCGCUGAUGGAGGAGGUGAAGCGCUUCGUGUACGCCCACUACGACGAGCAUCUCAAGGAUAGAUUCUACGCUUCCGACCUCGCCAAGGACCUGCAGCUGCCGGCGGAGGAAUCCAAAACCGUCUCCGGUGAGGUAGACUGGGAGACCGCCUACUUCAUCCGGCACCGUCCCGCCAACAACGUCGCCGACUUCCCGGAGAUCCCGCCGGCCACACGGGAGAUGCUCGACGCGUACAUCGGCCAGAUGGUGUCGCUCGCGGAGCUGCUCGCCGAGUGCAUGAGCCUGAACCUCGGCCUGGACGGCGGCCUCGUCAGGGACACCUUCACGCCGCCGUUCGUCGGGACCAAGGUCGCCAUGUACCCGGCCUGCCCGCGGCCGGACCUCGUGUGGGGCCUCCGCGCCCACACCGACGCCGGCGGCAUCAUCCUGCUCCUGCAGGACGACGUCGUCGGCGGGCUGGAGUUCUUCCGGGGCGACCGGGAGUGGGUUCCCGUCGGCCCCACCAAGGGCAGCAGGAUCUUCGUCAACAUCGGGGACCAGCUGGAGGUGAUGAGCGGCGGCGCCUACAGGAGCGUGCUGCACCGCGUCGCCGCCGUCGCCGAGGGCCGGCGGCUGUCCGUGGCGACGUUCUACAACCCCGGAGCUGACGCCGUUGUGGCGCCGGCGGCCACGGCGAGGCAGCCGGCGGCGCAGCUGUACCCCGGGCCGUACAGGUUCGGCGACUACCUGGACUACUACCAGGGCACCAAGUUUGCCGACAAGGCGGCGAGGUUUCAGGCCGUCAAGGAACUGUUCGGUUCACGGAUUCCGCACGAUUGACUAGCUGUGCUCGUUGGGUUUCAUUGGAGUAGUACUAUCUGUAAAAUUUUCUGUGUUGCUAUUGGAGUAUUACCUAGUUUGACCAACUUUGUAGGAAAAAAAUAUCAACAUCUAUAAUAAUAAAGUUAUAUGGUAUGAAAGUUAA